AGGGAGGCGGCCCGUCCAUCGCUCCGUCCGCCCGGCCGACCGACCGACCGACCGACCCACCCCCGGCAGGGCCGGUGUCAUGUCCGGCCUCAACGAGCAGGAGGUGGCCGGCUGCCGGAGCCUGCUGGCGCUUCUGGACACCGAGGAGAUCUUGUCCCUGUGCGACACCAUAACCGGCCGCCUGGUGCAGCCCGAGAGCCGCCAAGAUGCAAUUCAUGCCAUAUUAAGUUACAGUCAAAAUGUAGAAGAACUUCUGAAACGAAAGAAAGUGUAUCGAGAAAUAAUAUUUAAGUACUUGGCGAUGGAAGGAAUCAUUGUGCCUCCAUCUUCUGAAAAGCAUCAUCUUAUUCAACGAGCAAAAAAUCACUGGAACAAGAGGCUGGAGUUGAAAUCGGAACCAGAGGAUGCCUCUAAGCCUGAAAACACCAGUCCACCUAACCAAAACAAAGAUGAUCAGAAAGCUGAUAAAAAGUUUGAUGAGUGCCGCAAGUUGGGAGAAGAAUUCUGCCGGUGGUUUUUUGAACUGCUUAAUUCUCAGAAUCCAUUUCUGGGAUCCCCCCGAGAAGCGUGGGGACCCCAGCACUUCUGGGAUGACGUCAAGCUUCAGUUCUGUUACAACACGUCAGAACAUAACGUACUAGAAUAUUACGGUGCGGAGAUGGUGAGCCUCCGGUUAUUAUCGCUAGUCAAAGAAGAGUUUCUCUUCCUGAACCCCAAUCUGGAUUUCGACGGACUGAAGUGUGCGUCGUCUCCGCACGGGUUGGUUGUUGUGGCGGUUGCUGGUACCGUCCACCGAGGCGAUAAUUGUUUGGGGAUCUUUGAGCAGGUUUUCGGACUCAUCCGUUCCGGUUACGUAGAAAAUACUUGGAAGAUCAAGUUUGUGAACCUGCGGAUUGUUGGGCAGAGCGCUCUCGAGCCUGGAACGGUACUACAAAAACCUUCGAUCCGGUGUGAGUCCCUCGAAUUGGAAGCAAUGUGUAAUAGAAAUGAACUGCGCUGGAGCAGCAGCGGACCCCCGAAUGACGAAAAUGAGACGCUGUGUAGCGAAAACGCUGCAGCUCUUCUUCCAAAACCCUAAACACCGCGUGUGUGUUGAAAUAAAGAGAACUCGUUCUAUGCUGUACACCCUGAAAAGAUUUCCAAGUUGGAACUUGCCUCACUUUUUCUGUGAGUUACUGUUAGGUCGACUGUGAGGUAAAUCUAAAUAUUCACCGUUUUCCAUCCAUUUAGCCGAAUCUUUUGCAGGUAACUACACUGGAUGUCAUCUAACUUCCACUUUAAAUGUGCAUCCAAUUUCUAAGCAGAGGCCAAGGUGUUUAAUAAAUUUCUGAGUUAUUUAA